UAUUCUUCAUUACUACUAUUACUUUCACCCUCUCAUCACAUCACUCAACCUUUCAUUUUUCUUAUUACCUAAUUCAUCAGAUCCAUAUUAAAACACAAUACGAUCCCUUAACAUCUCUCUUUCUCUCUAGACUCAACAAGAUCAUAUAUCAUGUCGUCUCCUGGAGAUAGAGGAAAGAACUUUAUGGAAUCAUCAGGAUCAGAGACACCGGUAACACCAAGCCGUUACGAGUCACAGAAGAGACGCGACUGGAACACUUUCGGACAGUACUUGAAGAACCAGAGACCGCCCGUGCCGAUGUCUCACUGCAGCUGCAACCACGUGCUUGAUUUCCUCAGGUACUUAGACCAGUUCGGUAAGACAAAGGUGCACGUGUUUGGCUGUAUGUUCUACGGCCAGCCUGAGCCACCAGCUCCUUGCACGUGCCCUCUCAGACAAGCUUGGGGAAGUCUUGACGCUUUGAUCGGACGGCUGAGAGCGGCUUAUGAGGAAAACGGUGGAUCUCCGGAAACAAACCCUUUCGCUACUGGAGCAAUAAGGGUUUAUCUGAGGGAGGUUAGGGAGUGUCAGGCUAAGGCUAGAGGGAUUCCUUACAAGAAGAAAAAGAAUAAGAAGCCAGCGACGGAGAUGAGUGGUGGAAGAGACGACUUUUCUUCCUCAUCCUCCUCCUUCAACUUCUCUUGAAAGACUUUAUGGAUUAAUAACAUCUCAGAGAUCAAAUGUAAAAGAGGCCUCAAAUCUACCUACUACUGAUGAUCAAGAAGUGAAACUGAAAUGUUAUCUUCAACAUAUCUUCGGAUCUCUUCAUCCACUCCUUCACUUCCGUAGCUAUCGAUCGGUUAUGUAUUUCCAUAAGCUAUAUUCUCUUAUUAAGCUCAUUUGAAUAAGUGUAUAGAUUAUACAGUGUAAACAAGUUUGUUUUGUACUUCUAUGCAGCGUACUUCUUGUCUUACGUAAGUCAAACAUAUUACAAUGAGAUAAUGGCGGAAUAGCCUGAUCAUUGUUGGUAAUGCAAUUAAGUCCAAAUGAAG